CAUGUAAAGUGUCAACAUUUAAAGUGCACUAAGCAGUUCUGAAGAGAAGUGUGAAUUCGUUGUCUCCAUUCUUUAAUUUUGUUAAUAAAAAUGAGUUUCCCCAAGAUUAACAGUGUCGUAAUUGCUGUGAUCUUAUCUGCGCUAGUUUUAGUAGUUGUGCGGGCCAAAGUGGAUGAGAACAAACUCAAAGCGUACACUGCGAAUAUUGCUAAGACCUGUCAACCAGAAGGAGAACCUUUUGGCGAAGUGCACGAUAUUGUUGAAAAAGCCAAUCCAACGCAAGAUGAAAAAUGCUUCAUCACCUGUACUAUGACGAAGUGGGGAUUGUUGUCCGAGAAUGGAAAAUUUCAACCUGAUGGAGUUAGGAAAGUGAACGAAGCUAUACGUGAGUUUGAUGAUAAUCCUGCAGAAUACAAAAACGCAGAUGAAGCCAUAAUAGCUAAAUGUAGUGCAAUAGAGAAACCAGAAAAAUGUGAUAAAGGAUAUGCUAUAGCUGAAUGCGGUUUCAAGGUCUUUGAUGAAAUUCAUGGAUGAAUAUUCAAAAAAAAAAUCGAUCCGGAAGUUACUAAAAUAAUAAAAACGUUUCAUUUUGUAAAUAUGGAGUUGAUUUGAUUAAAUAAUAUUUCCGACAACAAA